AUGUUUCCUAAGCAACAAAUUGAAACUGAUGUUUCGGUGCAAUCUCUGGAGGAGCUCAGUGACACCACCACCUUAUUGUUUGAUGAUCAUGACGCAAACCCUGUAUACCUAGCCAAACAAAAGCUCGUGGUUGAGGCUAUUGACAGUAUGGGUUGGGGCCGCUAUCAAUGGGGAAUAUUUAUUGUCGCAGGGUUCGGAUGGUUCGCCGACAAUGCCUGGCCCAUUGUCACUUCACUGAUGUGGCCCCGAUUGAUCGAAGUAGAUGGUGCUCACCCUCCUAAAUCUUUUCAAGGUCCAUUUAUCACCUUGGCCCAAAACUUGGGAUUGUUAGCUGGCGCAAUAGUUUGGUCAUUAUCGCUGGACAUAAUCGGACGAAAAUGGGCGUUCAACUUCACAUUCCUAUUCACAGGUAUCUUUGGGUUGGUGGCUGGUUCCCUGCCCAACUUUGCUUCGGUCGGUGUUUUUGCUGCGUUGUGGUCAUUUGGAGUGGGAGGGAACUUGCCCGUGGAUCUGGCGAUUUUUCUCGAGGCUAUCCCCACCAGCGAACAAUGGCUCUUGACGGUGAUGUCAGCUUGGUGGGCCUUAGGCCAGGUUGUUACAACAUUGAUCGCGUGGGGCCUCAUUAGUAACUUCUCUUGUGACCCAAAGGAGAAAGAAUGUUUGAAGAAGGAUAACUGGGGUUGGAGAUACUUUGCAUUCACAAUGGGAGGAUUGACCUUGAUCAUGUUUGUGAUCAGAUUCUUGUUUCCCGUAUAUGAGUCAGCUAAGUACUACGUUGGGAAAGGUGACGAUGCAGCGGCCAUCGCUUCUCUCGACAAGAUUGCUCGAUUUAAUCGCAAGAUGAAUCCCCUAACGCUAGCGAAGUUACAAGAGAUUGAUGAAAUGUAUGGUGUGGAGAAAAAUCAGACAAAAUCCGAAAAUCAAUUAGUGAAAGAACGACUCAAACGAUUUCUGCUCUCGCAUAUCAGACAGUGUUUUGGGAGUAAAAAGCUUGCCUGGCUGACCUCUUUGGUGGUGUUUACUUGGGGCCUUAUUGGGUUAGCAUUUCCAUUGUACAAUGCUUUCAUUCCUUUUUACCUUCAGACCAAGGGAGCAAGUGGCGAUAAUCUUUCUGUUCGGGAAACUUAUCGAAACAAUUUGAUUGUAGCAGUGCUUGGCGUCCCAGGGUCAAUAAUUGGUGGAUUUCUUACAGAAUUGAGGACUGGGCGAAAAGGUGUUUUGGUGGUUUCACUUCUACUCACCGGGGUGGCGUUAUUUGGAAGCACAUCAUCGACAACAUCCAUGAUCUUCUUCGGGUGGACGUGUUUAUUCUCGUUUUGGUCGACGAUGAUGUACGGUGUUCUUUAUGCUUACACUCCAGAGGUUUUCUACACCCAAAUCCGAGGAACGGGCGUGGGGCUUGCAGCUAGCUUCAAUCGUGUUAUGGGUGUUUUCGCCCCCAUAAUCGGGAUUCUCACUUCAAAUUCACCACUCUCCAAAAUGCAUUUUGAAACUCAAGCGGAAAUUGCUCAAUUUGGUGGCAAGUUACUCAAGGUAACCCACUAUGCCAAGACAACUAGAUCCACAAUGGAUGUGAAUAUCUUCUUCCCUCAUGAAGAUUCCACGAAGGUUCCAGUGUUGAUAUAUCUCAGUGGGUUGACUUGCACCCCGAACAAUGCUACUGAAAAGCUGUUUUUUCAAUAUUUUGCAAAGAAGCACGGUUUUGCCAUCGUCUUUCCCGAUACCUCUCCCCGUGGUGCUGGCAUUGAGGGAGAAGACGACUCAUGGGAUUUUGGUACGGGGGCAGGGUUCUACGUUGACGCCACAGAGGCGCCUUGGGAUAGACACUACAACAUGUAUUCAUACGUUCACCAUGAACUCCAAGAAAGACUUGCUGAGCAAUUCAAAAAUUUGGACUUUGAUAACGUUGCUAUCACUGGCCACUCAAUGGGUGGUUACGGGGCGCUCACGGGCUUUCUCAAAAAUCCCGGGAAAUACCGAUCGGUGAGUGCAUUCGCUCCUAUAGCGAAUCCCACUGAGUGUCCAUGGGGUGAAAAGUGCUUUGGAAACUAUUUGGGUGAUGAUAAACAGUUCUGGUUGGAGUAUGACCCUUGCUAUCUCAUCGGUGAGUAUAAAGAUGAGAAUCAACCUCCAAUCCUUAUUCACCAGGGCUCUAAGGAUGGGUUUUACUGCAAUGAGCCUAAGCAAUUGAAACCGGAGAAUUUUGUGGAAGCUGCCAAAAAGGCAAACUACAAGGGUGGUGUCGACUUGAAGGUAGUGGAUGGCUAUGACCAUCUGUAUUUCUUUAUUUCGUCGUUCGUGGAGGAUCACGCCAACCAUCAUGCUCGUUAUUUAGGUUUGUAA